CUUUUGGGGAGAUCAACGGCGGGUUUCUGCUCAUCUGCGAGGACCUUUUGGGAGCUAUCCCCAGUUGUAGAGGCCCGCGCUGCCGAUUGCAACAAUGUCGUCGCAGGGCGAGAAUGCAGAAGCAGCCACUGGCAUGCAAGCCAAUGAUACCACAACCCCAACUUCAGAAUCUCGCGAUCCAGCCUACUUUCAUUACUAUGCCCAAUUCGUACACCAGCAAAACAUGUUGCAAGACAAUGUCCGAACAUCCGCUUAUCAUUCGGCAAUAAUUGUGAACGGACCUACCAUGUUCAGAGACAAGGAUGUACUGGAUGUCGGGGCGGGAAGUGGCAUCUUGUCCUAUUUCGCAGUUCAAGCGGGCGCCAAAAAAGUGUAUGCCGUUGAAGCUAGUUCGAUGGCUCAGAAGAUUCGAAAAAUGGUUGAUACGUCGGAAACAAAGAACCCAUGGAUGAAAGACAAGAUCGAAGUCAUCUCAUCCAAGCUCGAAGAUGCGGAACUGCCCCAGGUUGACACUUUGAUUAGCGAGCCAAUUGGCGUAUUACUCGUUCACGAACGCAUGAUCGAGUCUUACUUGCUGGCGCGAGAUCGCUUUUUGAAACCGGGCGGAGCAAUGGUGCCAUCGGCGGGAACGAUCUACCUUGCACCUUUCACUGAUGCCACUUUGUGGACACAAACCAUGUCAAAAGUCCGAUUUUGGGAGCAGUCAAAUUUUUACGGGGUAGAUUUCAGUCCCCUCAGCAGCGAAGCAAAGGAUGAGAUCUUUGGACAGCCUGUAGUAGGAAACUUUGAUCACCGCAUAUUAUUGGCCCCACCUGUUUCGCACCAUGUUGAUUUUCAAACCAUAUCCGUGCCGGAGCUGCAAGACAUAGUGAUACCUUUUACUUGGAAAGUUCCUUUCACCGGUCUCAUCCAUGGAAUUGCUGGAUGGUUUGACAUUAAUCUUGGUGGACUGAUCUUGACAACUGCACCACAUGCGGAGCGAACACAUUGGCAGCAGGUCCGGUUUCUUCUGAAAGAACCUGUCGCUGUAAAUGCAUACCAAACCAUAAAAGGUUGGAUGCGACUAACGGUGAACACAUCUAGAUCAUAUGAUGUUAUUGCUGAGCUAGCAUUGGGUGAAGAUGCCCAGCUGUCCGAUCCACGAACAUCAUCUGCCGAGAGAGUUGCAGACCUACGACUCACGCCAGCUGGGGCUGGAGCGCGGCGAGGACAGUGGGCUUUGCACGAGCAGACAUAUAUGUAUGAUCAAGGAUUAGACUACUCCAAGCCAGAGUUCUUGGCCAUGUAUUCACCAGAAAACGCGAGUACCGAAGCAGGAAACGUGCUAGGUUUGACUACAGACCCAUUAAGCGGUCUGAAUGCCGGUGGUGUAGCGACUCCUGGUCUUGGAUGGGCAGAUAGUGGACUAGAGAGCUUACUUGAUCCAGCUAUGGAAAUCGAGACUGGAGAGGGGGCGGGGGCCGAUAUGGCUGAUCUUUGAGAAUAGGGGAGGCUAGUCGAAUGGCAAAGCGACUGAAGGGACUCGUGAAAGUGCGUGGUCGCAUCGUAUAAAUAGGAUCUCUGAGGAUAUUGACAAACUUGACACAAAGAACAGUGCAUAAUAUUUACGUUUUUGACUAUUAAGUUAAAGACCCCAUCUACAGAAUUACAGCUUUGGUUUAUGAUAUACUACAUUUAAACAGAUACUGCUCGG